AACUGGCAGUCAAGGUUAAGGCCGAAUAACGGUAUGGCGCGAUUUUCAACUGAUAGUUGCUUGUAGUCUUCCUGACAAAUCUUAAGUAAUGCAAGCACUAAUAAUAUGCAACGCAGAAUCUCCUGAGCUGGAGCAAUUAACUGUACAAGGUUCUGCUUCUUUACUCCCUUUGGGAAACGAGACUGUCCUCAGCAGAUUGAUGAGUAUUUUUAUUCUGAGUGAAAUAUCUGACGUAACAAUAGUCCACAACAAAGCACAGACAAUACGUCUAACGAAUUAUUUAAAUGAAAAUCGUCAACUUUGGCCUGGUUAUAUGAAAGUUAACUUUCGCGAACUUCCUAACUUCUACUCUUUAUCCGAAACGCUACAGAGAAUCCGCUCUUCAAUAACAUCCAACUAUCUUUUUAUAACUUAUUCCAAUACCGUUAUCAGUGAAAUCGAUUUACGGGACAUAUUUCUGACAAUGAUCAGGAAAAAGGCUUCAGUGGUGACCGUAUUUUCAACUCUCCCUACGACAGAAAGCAAACUUCUCAAGUCUAUUCCCAGCGAAUUAACCGUAACUACAAAUGAUGGCAGUACCCUAAUUAGCUAUGUGCCCGCAUGUGAUAUAAAAAAGCAGUCUAAACUUCCUAAAACUCUUAGCUCUCAACAGACUAUCUUAUGUCGUUCAGAUCUUAGAGAUUGCGGAUUGUAUUUGGUUUCCAGGACAGCUUUGGAUCACAUUGCUAAGCUAGGGGAAGAUAUAACUCACCGUAAAAAGUCUAUUUGGCAAUAUGUUUGGUCCGAACCUCCGGAGGCAAAUCAAGAAACUAACGGAGAGCCUGAUGAAAAAUUCGUGAUUAACAACAUAAAGAAUUACCUUGAAUGCUAUCAAACAGGUGGAACUUGCAUUCAUGAACAUCAUGACAAAAUCAUUUCAGUCAAAUUUGAGGAUCCGUUGAUAUAUGCUGAAACAAAUCGCUUGGUUAGUAACCAUACAUUUUUAAAAAGAUUCGUAUUUAGUUGUUCCCACCAGUAUCUAUGUUUGUAAAUAUGUUCAGUAAAACGCUUGGCUAAAUACUGAGCUGGCGAUAAUAGAGAAUUGAUUGAACCGUUGUAAACUCGAAAUCUUACAACCAAGCAGGUAUCACGAUGGUGCCAAAUCUGACCUGGAUUGGGAUUACUCUCUGGUUUCCCCUAUACUUGGCUUGAUUUCAUCUCCCACUCCACAAAUAUCACACACUACUACCCAGAUACACAGACCUUUCAACUAUUCCUAACGGUUCACCAUAUAGGACGGGUGCAAAUACAGAUAUCUAGCUGUCUUGCAUCGUUUUUGACUUCAUAGGUCGAUAGUAAUUGCCGUAUUUAUGGACACCAGUUAUCAGUUUAUUGUGUUUUGGAUAACACGUGUAUCGUCACACAGUAAAACUGGUACACACGCACUGAAGGUCGAUUACUAACAGGCCGAACGGCUCCAUAUCAUGUAAUUAUCCAGAAAUCCUGCAUUCACACUGGAUCGCAACAGUCAGGAAAGGAAUUUAAUGUUAUCCAAGAAAAUUGUACAGUGCACAAAAAAGCAUUUAUGCGCUCAAGUUUUGUGGGUUCUUCAUGCAAAAUCGGUGCUGAUGUACGAAUCUUAAACUCCGUUCUUCUUUCAAAUGUAGAGAUUAGAGACAAUUGUACUAUUCAAGGAUGUGUUAUUGGUGAAAAAGCGGUUAUUGAAGAACUAUGUAAUUUGAAAAGUUGUACUGUCGCAGCAUUACAACGAGUACCAACCGGAACAAAUCUCGAAUCCAAGCAAUUAGGAUUUACAGAUCCAGAACUAAAUGCAACAUAACCCUUUUUUGUACUGUUGACUACCUUUUUGUUUACAUAAAAUAAAUACUUAUAAUAAA